CGACUCCCAAAGGACUGAGUCGCAGGAAGAGAGAGAUCCGGGAUCGGCCCCGAUGCCCCUCUUGGUGGUCCUCCUCUGCCCUUCGCUAUGGGUCGCGGCGUCCCUGGCGGCUCCGUCUCCCACUCAGCCCCACGGCAUCCGCUUGGAGGGCGAUUUGACCCUUGGAGGGCUCUUCCCGGUCCAUUCCCGCGGCUCCGCCGGCGUUCCCUGCGGAGCGGUGAAGAAGGAGAAAGGAAUCCACCGCUUGGAAGCGAUGCUCUACGCCCUCGACCGCGUUAACGGGGACCCCCGGGUGCUCCCCAACGUCACUUUGGGGGCGCGGAUCUUGGACACCUGCUCGAGGGACACCUACGCCUUGGAGCAGGCGCUCAGCUUCGUCCGUAGUCUCCUUCCGCCCGAAGGAGGAGAAGGAGCGUGCGCCGACGGAAGCGUUCCCAGGAGACCACCGCCCGAGCGCUUGGUGGGGGUCAUCGGGGCGUCCGCCAGCUCCGUGUCCAUCAUGGUGGCCAACGUCCUCAGGCUCUUCGCGAUCCCUCAGAUCAGCUACGCCUCGACGGCUCCGGAGUUGAGCGAUCCGGGUCGUUACGAGUUCUUCUCCCGCGUCGUCCCUCCGGAUUCGUACCAGGCCGAGGCCAUGGUGGGCGUGGUCAGAGCCCUGGGGUGGAGCUACGUCUCCACUUUGGCCUCCGAAGGCAACUACGGAGAGAGCGGAGUCGAAGCCUUCGUACAGAGCUCACGGGAAGCCGGGGGUCUGUGUAUCGCUCAGUCCAUUAAGAUCCCGCGGGAACCGCGUCCCGGAGAGUUCGCGAAGGUCAUCAAACGCCUGAUGGAAACGUCCACCGCCCGCGGCGUCGUCCUCUUCGCCAACGAGGACGACAUCCGGCGGGUGCUGGAGGCGGCGGCGCGGGCGAACCUCUCGGGCCAUUUCUCCUGGGUGGGCUCCGACAGUUGGGGGGCCAAAAUGGCGCCCGUGCAGGGCCUGGAGGAGGCGGCGCGAGGAGCCAUCACCAUCCUCCCCAAGAGGGCCUCCGUGCCCGGUUUCGACGAGUACUUCACGUCGCGUUCACUGGAGAACAACCGCCGGAACCUUUGGUUUCACGAGUUCUGGGAGGACGAUUUCAACUGCCGUCUGCCCCACAGCGCGACCCACGGCGAGGCCCAGGGCACCACCCGCAAGUGCACCGGCCGGGAGCGGAUCGGCCGGGACUCCCCGUACGAGCAGGAGGGGAAGGUGCAGUUCGUCAUCGACGCCGUUCUGGCCAUGGCGCACGGCCUCCACCGCCUCCUGGCCGAGAGCUGCCCCGAGGGGCGCCUCUGCGCCGCCAUGGACCCCCCCGACGGCAGAAGGCUCCUCCACCACAUCCGCAGCGUCGCCUUCAACGGUACUGGGGGGGAC